UAGUGUUAUCGAUGUUUAUUUACCUCUAUGUUGCAGUGAUGUCACGCAGCGAAGCUGUUUUUACCGCUGCUUGUCAAUUUCAAUCAAAACGAAUUUGAAACAUUUACAGUUCAAACACAACACAAGUGAAACACGCAUAAAGGUUUAAUAUUUUGGAUACGAAUAAAGAGUGAAAAUUUGCAAUGUUAGACAAACUACCCGACGAUUGUCAAUUGAGGAUUAUACGAUAUGUGAAAGAUUUAACGGAUCAAAUGGCACUCAGGCACGUCUGCAAGAGCCUACGUGAUAAUGUGGAAUAUCAUUGGAAACAACACAUCAGGGAGAUUUAUGUACAAGGAGCUGAGCUGGAGCACUUCGAGGAGUAUCCCGACGAUAUGCACGCACUACUGAAGCAGACCUGUGGAACUGUCACGAGCAUUGUAAUGUCUCGAGGAUCGGCGAAUCUCUUGCCGGAGUGGGAGGGCUAUGAGUUCCCCAAAGUGACAAGCUUGGACGCUGAGAUCUUCAACACAGACAACGAUCCGGACGAUGACGUCAAUAUGAUGACCAAAAUGUUUCCCAACAUCGUGCACCUCUCUCUUCAAAGCAAUGCUACCGGCAGAUAUAUGUGGAGGUGGACACGGUUGAUAUCAAUGCAUUUCUAUUGUUGCGAAUCUUUAGAUCCUCGGAUGUUGUUACGCACCUUUGUCAAGGUACCUGUGCACAAACUCACAAUACUCUUCUAUGGUUAUUCAGUCAAUUUGGGAGAUGAUUUGGUGGGUGCCUCAAUGCUUCCAUUUUUGGAGGAACUUGUGAUCGAUGAUCACCAUCUGCUGGGUGACUUUAUGCCGAAUCUGAUGAAGCUGCCCAAGUUUACGAGGCUCGCCUUCUACACUCGUGACUACUACGAGCAUCUGCUGCAAUCGGUGGCCAAGUUGGCGCCACUCCGCGUCAAUGCGCUCUCCUUCUUCGAUGCUUUCUGGAGCAGCGAUAGAUUGUGCGACGACAUCGAGCGUAUGAGCAACCUGCGUCGUCUGGUGCUGCAGGACGAUGACAUUGAAGCGUCACAGCUGCACACCCUCUGCUCCCGGCUAAAGAAUCUCGAGGAGCUGCAUUUGAUCAACAUGCGAUCGCUGCCCACUACCCAUCAGAUCUGGGGCGUUGUCGAGGCUGCUGAGAAUUUAGAGCUUCUCAAUUUAACCGGCUGCACAUUGGAUCCGGAUUUCCUAAAGCAGAGCACCAGUCGGUUGUCGGUUGUGCUUAAGAACCGCGACCCACAAUCAUUUACGAUUAAUCUUUCCGAAACCCUCGCGGAAGAGGACAUGAAGAAGACCCAAAAUGCCCUGAAGCAUCCGAGUUUGAUAGUUGCCUAUGAUUUCAUCGAUUUAGAUGGUUGGACCUCACGUUUCAUCGAAAUUGGGUUCGAUCCGAUUGAUGAAGAAGAAUCAGAAGAUUAAAUUUUACAAUAUAGAGUAUUAAGAAAAUGUUGUAUGAUAAACAGCGGAGAAAAUUGCAUGUUUUAAAAUUAAUAAAAAGAAAAAGAACCUUCCCAAUUGGUGUACUACAUAAA